GGUCUGUGGUUUUCGGUUCCUCAGGGGAUCUCUCUUUACUGUACUGUUCUUUAGAGGGGUUUCUCUCAGUGCUCUUGCCGUCCUCCUGCUGUAGGUCUGCUGCUCUGCAUCCGGGGAAGUUCACAGGUGCCUGAGAUGCUCUAAUUUUGAUGCUGUUACUCCUGAUACCUGAGCCAAAGCAGUGAUGCUACCUGAAGGAAAUUUUGGCAACCCAUAAGUCACCACUUACCUAUUGUGAGCCAUGCCUUUAGUGAAGAGGAACAUCGAACCCCGGCACCUGUGCCGGGGCGCCCUGCCCGAAGGCAUUACCAGUGAACUUGAAUGUGUCACCAAUAGUACCCUUGCUGCUAUCAUUCGCCAGCUAAGCAGUCUGAGCAAACAUGCCGAAGACAUAUUUGGUGAGUUGUUCAAUGAGGCUAACAACUUUUACAUCAGAGCCAAUUCUCUUCAAGACAGAAUUGAUCGCCUUGCUGUCAAAGUUACCCAGCUGGAUUCAACAGUGGAAGAGGUGUCACUACAGGACAUCAACAUGAAAAAAGCUUUCAAAAGUUCCACAGUCCAAGACCAGCAGGUGGUUUCAAAGAACAGUAUUCCAAACCCGGUUGCUGACAUCUACAACCAGAGUGAUAAACCACCUCCCCUGAAUAUUCUCACACCGUACAGAGAUGAUAAAAAGGACGGGCUGAAGUUCUAUACUGAUCCUUCCUAUUUCUUUGACCUCUGGAAAGAAAAAAUGCUACAGGACACGGAAGAUAAGAGGAAAGAGAAAAGGCGUCAAAAGGAGCAAAAGCGUAUAGAUGGCACAACCCGUGAGGUGAAAAAGGUUAGAAAAGCCAGAAACAGGCGCCAGGAGUGGAAUAUGAUGGCAUAUGACAAAGAGCUUAGACCCGACAACAGGUUGUCUCAGAGUGUGUACCACGGAGCGUCUUCCGAGGGAUCUCUGUCCCCAGACACUAGGUCUCACGCGUCGGACGUCACAGAUUACUCCUACCCGGCCACUCCCAACCAUUCUGUGCACCCGCAGCCCGCCGCCCCUUCGUACGCGGUGGGCGACACGGCGCCUCUCGGGCCCGCGAACCAGGCCCCGGAGCAUGAGUACCGAGCGGCCGCCGCCUCGGCGAGGCACAUGGCGCUGAACCGACCGCAGCAGCCGCCCCCGCCGCCCCCGCCGCAGGCCGCGGAGGGGGCCCAGGCUUCUGCGCCCAUGGCUCCCGCGGACUACGGGAUGCUCCCCACCCAGACCAUGGACUAUUACAACCCCUCAGGACCGCCUCCUCCCCCCCCACCCCCCAUGAUUCCUUCAGCACAAACCGCUUUCGUUAGUCCCCUCCAGAUCCCCAUGCAGCCCGCUUUCCCAGCACCAGCUGGCUCCUCCCACACGGGCCCCCCUCACCCCACCCCCACUGGGCUGGUGGUCACAGCCCCUCCUCCUCCGGGCCCCCCACCUCCCCCUCCAGGCCCUCCUGGCCCAGGCUCUUCUCUCUCAUCCUCCCCCAUGCAUGGCCCCCCAGUCGCUGAGGCAAAGCGACAAGAAACUGCACAACCACCCAUAAGCGAUGCUCGGAGUGACCUCCUUGCUGCUAUUCGAAUGGGAAUUCAGCUGAAAAAGGUACAAGAGCAGCGUGAACAAGAGGCCAAGCGUGAGCCAGUUGGGAACGACGUGGCCACCAUCCUCUCCAGACGCAUUGCCGUGGAGUACAGUGAUUCUGACGAUGACUCGGAGUUUGAUGAAAAUGACUGGUCUGACUGAGGUGACAGGGCCGGUGGCCCACCAGGAGCCGUGUGUUGAAAGUGUAUGGAAAAUUUUAAGUGGUCUCGACACCCAAAUAGUCGUAUUAUAAUCCUGUAGCUUAGCAACUUUUGUAUUAAUAAUGUGACAUUGCUUUUGCACAUCCAAAAAUUCUGGGUUUUUUCAGUAUUUCCUGUGUAAUACUUAAGUGCCACUAAACAUAGCUGCACAUGGGGAAUAUGCUGUAUCUAUUGCAUUGUCCUAAAACAGCAUUUUGCUUCCUUUUUCUUGGCCAUGAAAGUGUUUAGUGCAGUCUGGGUUUACUCGUUCGUACCGAUCCUUAUAAUUCUGCAGAUUUGCCGUGUGUUUGUGUAAGCGGCUUGGUUUUAGGCCUUUGCAAGAUUAAUGACUGUGUGUCAGAGUGAUGUCUUCCAAUCAGUAAGUAAGUGAUACUGUUUCAACUUCUUUUGUGUGUGUUUCAGAAGUUGGUUCUAAACAGACCGCUUUAACGAGUAAGGAGAAUCGCGCUUCUGCUUUCAUUUUCUUGGCGUGGUUGCCUCUGUGAAUCUGAAUGUCCUGUUGAAUAAUUUCAUUGCCUUUGCACGCUCUUGUGAAAUGUGAAAUUGAAAGGGCCCUUUUCAGGCAGAAUUCGCAGCAGGCGUUCACUUAGUCAGUGCUUGCUGAUGACUUUUGUAGGAGGUAAGCAGCUCAGCAGUAAUGAAAAUGAAGACCAGGGUCCUUUUCCCUUUCGGGGCCAUUGGGGAUGACCCCCCAAACACUCGCCAGCCCUUCAGCUUGGGCACCAGCCAGGCAGAACAGACAUGCGCAGUCUGGGAGCUGCAGGGCCGGGCUGGGCAGACCUGCCGAGUGUCAGCCCUCGAGGGAAGGAGGCCUGUGCGUUGGUUUCCCGGGAGCCAUGUCCUGAGCAAGGCCGGUGGGGGGGGUCUUAGGUCCCCGGCGUCCCACAGAAAGUGCCCCCGAUGGCGCCCACUCCAGCUGGUCCGAACUCCAGCAGCCUGGUAUACACGUGUGUGGACGCUGCCAGCUGUUUGCUUUUCCUGGUGCUGUGGCCAGAUUAGGGACCCAUCACUGAGGAGGGCCUUCGCUCUAUCCUAGAAGCACACAGUUCUCUUCUCACAUUGUCGUCAGCACAUUAAAUUUUAAAAAGCACCUCAGAUGAGAUCAGACCUGUAGCUAUAGCAGAUUGUGUUCCCUCACCUCUGCCCUUCCUGUUGUCCUUCCCACAUGGCAACAUGAGAUACCCCAGGGGUCAUAUUCCUGGUGAAGGCAAACCGUGGGGAAUCUCGUGAAUGAGAGCUUCUGUUUUGUAAUUGGGGAUGAAGGAUAACUGCUUAUAUGGAAUGAACAAACAACCCAGGCUUUGCUUAUAGAUAGGACUUCGCAGAUACACUAAGACACUUUACUUACUAAGGAGUUUGUACGUAGGUCCAGCAUUUCAAACAGAUGGCAGGUACUAGUGACGCUCAGUCAUGAUGCAAGAAUCACACAUUAAAUCACCUUUAGCUAAAGACAGAGUUGUUUGGUUUGAUGGUGGGAAUGUAAACAGGACUUACUGGAGUUUUGUUCAUGAGUUCACCUGAGGAAAUCAGCCGGCCCUCAACAUCACGUCCGUGUGUCCCUGAGUGGCCACUUGCUUGGUUCGGAUAAAGCCUGUAUAUUGGGUUUUAGUCCCAUCGAUGCUGAAACUCUGAAAAGCCUCCUGUCUGCAUCCCAGUUCCAGGACCAUGCUUAUAGCAGGUUGUCACGUCUUUUCAGCUCUUCUGGCUGUUUUGGCGUGUGCUUCUUGGGUAUCUGUUUCUUGGAACCAGUCACCAUUUGGCUGUCACCAUAAUUUUGUUCAAUAUAAGUAACAGUUAUUAAUGAACUUUUAAACUUUAAUUUCUCUCUCUCUUUUUGUUUUCCCAAUGUAGAAGCCUACUCUGUUGGCAUUAUUCUUGGGACUUUUACCAUUUUUCAGUCUUAUUUUGUCUUGAUAACAGUAUUUUGUCUUUAUUACAAUAUUUUGUCUUUAUUGUUACUUUUGGGUUAGGAGUUACUGUAUAAUUCUAGAACAUUUUUGGUGAUGCUUCAUUGUUUCUUAUGUCCCUUCUGUUCUCAGGAUGGAGAGAACACAUAAAGCUACUAUCCAUGUCAGGAUUUCUUCUAUUUAUAUCUUAUUACCAUAAAAUCAGUGGCACUUUAUUCAUAAAUAUUCAUAAGCCUAUUAGUUAUUAGUUGUCUUCCUGUAGUUUAAUCAACAAGUUAUUUUCAACUUGAUUUUCUGACUAGUGAAAAAGCUUUUGCCCUGAUGCGUUAUGUAGCCUGUAAAAGAGUAGAAAAAGGACUAAAAUCCAAUUUAGAUUAUUUUUGCAGUAUUUUUCUCGGCAAAUUUGAUUUAUUCAAAAAUUUUAAUCGACUUUUUCUAAUAUGGUAUUAUAUAAAAAGGAAAAUGUGAGUAUUUUAAAUUUUCAGUUUUCAUUUUCAAAAGUAUUUACCAAAACAAAUGGAGUAAAACAUUUAAAAGCAUAUUUCAUAUCUAUGAAUUUUACCUUUUAAAAUACUUAUAUAUUGCAAGGUUAUUUUAAAUUAUCCUCAGUCUUCUCCCCUGUGUGUAUUUUAGUUUAAUUUCUUAUAAGUCUUUUUCUCACAUCAUAGGUGAGCAGAGGGGAUGAGAAGGUCAUACCACACAUUAGCAACCCAAGCAUGAUGUGGUUGAUUUUCUAUUGUUAGCCCCAAUCCAAACCAUGAGAUUUGGUACUUACAUUGUUUUCUUUAGUAAAAGUAUACUGUUAAGAGAAUUAACAUUUUCAUUUCAGUAAAUUUUUAGAAUAUCCAGAUCUCUUCAGAGCACCAAGUGGCUAGGUUGUGAAAGUUUUGUAAUAAUUUGCAACUGAAACACCUGACACAUCCUAAUCCAUUAAAGACUAGUGGGAAUGUAUCAGCCAGAGUAGCAAGUACCUUUUGUUUUCUAAAUCAGAGUAUCUGUCAUCUUGCAGUAUUACCAAUGCUGUUGUAAAUUGAAUUUAAAGUGGUAUUAAAACACCUGUUAAACAAUUUUUAUCUGUUUGUAUAUCUUACUAUAGAUUAUGUACAAGUAACAUCUAAAUAAAAUUACACUUUUA